AUGCCAAUCCAGGAAGGGAGAGCAAGAGCUUGCGAGCUGAAUGUUGUUGCAGAUGAGAGGACUCUAGCUCAUGAAUAUGAAACCAAUGGCAAGUUGAGCGGAGGUUCUGAUGGAAAUAAGUAUGAGAAUGGCCUGACAAGUAUAGUGAAAGAGGAAGUCGAUUAUCCUUCGAUUGAACCAGCUGGAGCGCAGGGUGAAGACAAUACGAACGAACAGCGGACGAGCCCAGAAAGGGCUGGUGCUUACACUCAAGGGAAAGAUCUAUGUGCGAAUGCAUCUGGAAGAUCUUUAGAGGACUUAGCAGAACGCGCAGUUGGUGUUGCUGAUCAAGAGACCGAUAUGGACUGCGACGAUGAAGGCUAUACAGACCUCGAUAUUGCUUCUAAAGAGGAGGAUGUUCAUUUGCCUCCGUCUAGUGGGACUCGAAGAGGUCGUCGGGUUCAAAGAACUACUUUGGUACCAGAUGAGACUGAUGCUGAUGGCAUGGAUUGGGAAGGUGAAAACGAAGUGAGUAGGAUUCCAGAUAAUGCUCCAGGAGAUGCCGGGGUGAACCUGAUGGAGCCUCUAGCAGCUGGAAUUUAUAUGCUGGAAGCCAUACGGGAAAAACGACAACACAGGGGAAGAGUCGAAUAUUUAGUCAAAUGGCUCGGAUACCCCGAGAGGGAAAACACAUGGGAGCCUUACGAGAAUAUUGCUCAUUGUGGUGAUCAUUUGGAAGACUUUGAGGAGAGUUGCAAAUCAAGACGCAAAAAGAGGAAAGGAUCCUACAAAUACCAGCGAAAGAAGAAAAAAGUCAGCAGAUCGAGACCAAAAGCAGAUGAUUUUGACGAAAUCGCAGAUGAAGAUAGAGGAGAAGAUGAUGAUUCAGGACAAGGUAAUCUGCACUCCGACCAAAACGAUCACCAUUUGGAAACCGCAGAUUCAGUAAGAUAUCAACCAGAUGAGGCCGAGCAAGCCAAUAUGGAAAUCUGCACUCAAGAUAAUAUUUCUGGAGGUAUUGGAGCUGCAACUGGAGCUUCAGAUCCGAUGUAA